CUGAUGGUGAUCUGUGAUGAUGACUGUCAGAUUUGAGAUUAGGCUUUUGUGAUCGGUAAAUGUAAAGAGAAUUUGUGUUAUUUCUUGAAAGUAAAACUUUGUCGUGUUUGAAUAUCUAUAUCAACAUACAUAUACUGAUAUAAAUAAUAUAAUACAAAAAUGCCUAGUCAAGAAGUCGUAACCACCAAAGUUGUGGUUCAUCCACUUGUACUUCUAAGUGUUGUGGAUCAUUUCAACCGUAUGGGCAAAAUUGGUAAUCAAAAGCGUGUUGUUGGGGUACUCCUCGGGUGCUGGAGGGCCAAGGGAGUUCUGGAUGUCUCGAACAGUUUUGCAGUUCCCUUUGAUGAGGAUGACAAAGAUAAAUCUGUCUGGUUCUUGGACCACGAUUACUUGGAAAACAUGUACGGCAUGUUCAAGAAAGUAAAUGCCCGUGAGAAGGUAGUUGGCUGGUACCACACUGGACCUAAGUUGCACCACAAUGAUGUGGCAAUAAAUGAGCUCAUCAGACGUUAUUGCCCUAACUCAGUCCUAGUGAUCAUAGAUGCUAAGCCUAAAGACUUGGGUUUGCCUACAGAAGCUUAUCAGGCGGUUGAAGAGGUCCAUGAUGAUGGUAGCCCUACUACUAGAACAUUUGAGCAUGUACCUAGUGAAAUUGGUGCUGAAGAAGCUGAGGAAGUUGGUGUAGAACAUCUCUUGAGGGAUAUCAAGGAUACUACUGUGGGCAGUCUAUCUCAAAGAGUCACAAAUCAACUGCUGGGGCUUCGAGGACUCCAUUCACAACUGAGUGAAAUCCGAGAUUACUUAGUUCAGGUUGGCCAGGGUUCCCUGCCGAUGAACCAUCAGAUUAUAUACCAGCUGCAGGAUAUAUUCAACCUGUUACCUGACAUUACCAGUGAUAACUUUGUUGACAACCUUUAUAUUAAAACCAAUGAUCAAUCCCUUGUAGUUUAUUUAGCUGCAUUAGUAAGAUCCAUUAUAGCCUUGCACAAUCUUAUCAAUAACAAAAUAACUAACAGAGAUGCGGAAGAGGGUAAAAAGGAUGAAUCUAAGGACAAAAAGGAGAAGAAAGACUUAAAAGAAGAUAAUAAAGGAGAUGAGAAAACAAAAGAGAAGAAAGAAAAAGAUGAGAAGAAGAAGUAAUUUAGAAUCAUCACUAUCUUAAGUUGUUUGUAAUGCUGAAUUAUUUUAAUAAAUUGUAUUUACUAAUUCACAA